AUGUAUGCUGUAACAACAGGUCAUGCAAAUUCUUGGGGGAAAGGGUAUCCAGAGAUUUUAACCAAAUGUUACAUUAAGGGUGAACCGGAUGGUACUUUGGGUCCAAUCAAUCCAAUCAAUAAUAUCUCUUAUAACUUUGUGUCACAAUUAUACAAAGAAUUGUUUAGUGUAUUUCCUGAUAACUGGUUUCAUUUAGGUGGGGAUGAAGUUGAAUAUAAUUGCUGGCGUUCCAAUCCUUCAAUUAUUGAAUUGAUGAAAAAAAAUAGUAAGGAUGAUGCGAAAUUGGUUAUUGGAGGUGAAGCAGCUAUGUGGGGUGAGUAUGUGGAUGACACGUAUUUGUUUAGUCGAUCAUGGCCUCGAGGUUCAGCUGUAGCUGAAAGACUAUGGACUCAUGGUUCACCAAACACAACAGAUUUUAUUCCAAGGGUUGAAGAACUUCGUUGUCGAAUGCUGAGAUUCACCAAGUAUUUAGAAAGUAUAUCUCAACUCAUUAAUAGUGAUAUAAUAAAUAAUACAACUUCUCGAAAUACUUCAGCUGAUGAAGGUUCCGAUAGUAGAACUAUUAAAUCAGCAACAAAAUCAACUGGAAACAAAACAAUUGGUAUCACUGGUCAAAAAUCUGGUUCUACACGUGGUACUUCAGCAAAAAUUGAUUUUAAUCAAGCACAUUGGAAAAUGAGAAUUAUAUGUAAGAAAAUUUUCAGUAAGAUUUACUCUUAG